AUGGGGAGCGCUGCUGUCCCCGAGCCGAUUGGUACUUCUUGUCAGGAAGAAACGCCGAGAGGUGGGAGUGCUUGGGGAGGGAGGCAGGCGGUCCCUACCGCAGGCGCGGGGAGCUGCCUUUCCGCCCCUCUGCCUGCUUUCCAAGCCUGGGCUCUUAGGAGUGGCUGAAGCUGCGGAGCGCUUCAGGAGCCUGUGAAUGAACCCUCCUCCUCUUCCUCCUCCUCCUCCUCGCUGAGUCUCCUCCUCGGUGCUGACGGUACAGUGAUAUAAUGAUGAUGGGUGUCACAACCCGCAUUUGAACUUGCAGGCGAGCUGCCCCGAGCCUUUCUGGGGAAGAACUCCAGGCGCGAGGGCGCAACAGCCGCGAACAUUAGGUGCUGUGGAGAGGCGCUGGGACCCGGAUCUGCGGCAGCCCCGCAUCCUCCAGCACCGUCCCGCACCCUUCCCCAGGCCACCGCGCUUCCUAUGUGACCCGCCCCGACAACGCCGAGCCCAUUCGCGCAGCGCUGCGGUGAAUUUUUCCCCCCAACUGCAAUAAGCCGUCUUUCAAGGACAAGAUGUUGAUAAAUAUAAAGAGCAUCUUAUGGAUGUGCUCUACCUUAAUAGCAACCCAUGCACUACAUAAAGUCAAAGUGGAAAAAAGCCCACCUGUUAAGGGCUCCCUCUCUGGAAAAGUCAACCUACCUUGUCAUUUUUCAACCCUGCCUACCUUACCACCCAGUUACAACACCACCAGUGAGUUUCUCCGAAUCAAAUGGUCUAAGAUUGAAUUGGACAAGAAUGGAAAAGAUUUAAAGGAGACGACUGUUCUCGUGGCCCAAAAUGGGAAUAUCAAGAUUGGUCAGGGCUACAAAGGGAGAGUGGCGGUGCCUACACACCCCGAGGACGUGGGCGAUGCCUCCCUCACCGUGGUCAAACUGCGCGCCAGUGACGCGGGCCGCUACCGCUGUGACGUCAUGUACGGGAUUGAAGACACUCAAGACACGGUGUCGCUGGCUGUGGAUGGGGUCGUGUUUCACUACCGAGCGGCGACCAGCAGGUACACUCUGAAUUUUGAGAGUGCACAGAAGGCUUGUUUGGAUAUUGGGGCGGUCAUAGCAACCCCAGAGCAGCUCCAUGCCGCUUAUGAAGAUGGGUUUGAGCAGUGUGACGCGGGCUGGCUGUCUGAUCAGACUGUUAGAUAUCCCAUCCGGACCCCCCGAGAAGGCUGUUACGGAGACAUGAUGGGGAAGGAAGGAGUCAGGACCUAUGGAUUCCGUUCUCCUCAUGAAACUUAUGACGUGUAUUGUUACGUGGACCAUCUGGAUGGUGAUGUGUUCCACAUCACUGCUCCCAAGAAAUUCACCUUUGAGGAGGCUGAAGAAGAGUGUGAAAAUCGGGACGCCCGGCUGGCAACGGUGGGGGAGCUCCAGGCAGCGUGGAGGAACGGCUUUGACCAGUGUGAUUACGGGUGGCUGUCAGAUGCCAGCGUUCGCCACCCUGUGACUGUGGCCAGGGCCCAGUGUGGAGGUGGUUUGCUUGGGGUGAGAACCCUGUAUCGUUUUGAGAACCAGACAGGCUUCCCUCCCCCUGAUAGCAGAUUUGAUGCCUACUGCUUUAAACCUAAACAGAAUAUAUCAGAGGCUACAACCAUCAAACUGAAUAUCCUUGCAGAAACCGCAUCACCCAGUUUAUCCGAAGAACUGCAAAUGGUACCUGACAGAACUACACCCAUCGUCCCUUUAAUCACCGAAUUACCUGUCAUUACAACAAAGUUCCCUCCUGUGGGAAAUAUAGUCAGUUUUGAACAGAAAGCCACGGUUCAAUCUCAAGCUGUCACACACAGAUUAGUCACUGAAUCACCCACGCCUGCUGGGAGUACCAAGAAACCUGGGGAUAUGCACUAUUACUCACCUUCUGCUUCAGGACCACUUGGAAAGCCAGACAUAACUGAAAUUAAGGAAGAAGUGCCCCAAAGUACAACUGUCAUCUCCCAUCGUGCUACUGAUUCAUGGGAUGGUGUCAUGGAAGAUACACAGACACAAGAAUCAGUUACACAAAUUGAACAAAUAGAAGUGGGUCCGUUGGUAACAUCUAUGGAAACCUCAAAGCACCUUCUGUCUAAGGAAUUCUCUGUAACUGAAACACCGUUUGUAUCUGCAACAAUGACCCUGGAAUCCAAAACUGAAAAGAAAACAGUAAGCGUUAUUUCUGAAUCAGUGACCCCAAGCCACUAUGGAUUCACCUUGGGAAAAGCUGAUGGUGAAGACAGAACAUUUACGGUUAGAUCUGGUCAGAGCACCUUGGUCUUUAGCCAAAUACCUGAAGUCAUUACAGUGUCAAAGACUUCGGAAGACAUCACCCCCACUCAGCUAGAGGAUGCAGAGUCAGUCUCAGCAUCGACGCUUGUUUCACCUGUAACUAUGCCUGACAUUGAUGGAUCAUCCAUGGAUGGCUGGGAAGAGAAACAAACUAAUGGUAGGAUGACUAAAGAUUUUUUUGGCCAGAAUAUGUCCACCACACCUUUCCCAUCAGAGCAUCAUACAGAAGUAGAAUUCUUUCCUUAUUCUGGUGAUAAAAGAUUAGUCGAGGGUUUGUCCACAGUUAUUUAUCCCUCUCCACAAAUAGAAAUGACACAAGAAGGAGAAAGAAGAGAAACGCUAAGACCAGAGAUGAGAACAGAUACUUAUACUGCUGAUGAGAUACAGGAAAGGAUCACCAAAGAUCCAUUUAUAGGAAAAAUAGAGGAAGAAGACUUCUCUGGAAUGAAGUUCUCUACAGCUUCCUUAGAACAAAUUCAUCUUACAGAGUCUUCAGUGGAAAUGACCAAAUCUUUUGACUCCCCAGCACUGAUAACAACAAAGCUAAGUGUGGCACCAACAGAGGCAAGAGAUGUGAAGGAAGACUUUACCACAACUCCUGUUGGAUUGGAAACAGAUGGCUAUCAAGAUACUACAACGUAUGAUGAGGGUAUUACAACCGUGCAUUUGACCCACAGCACUUUAGAUGUAGAGGUGGUCACUGUAUCAAAAUGGUCAUGGGAUGAAGACAAUACAACAUCAAAGCCUUUUGGGUCCACAGAACAUGCAGGCUCUCCAAAAUUGCCCCCUGCCUUAUUCCCAACGAUGGGAGUGAGUGGAAAGGAUGAAGACAUCCCAAGUUUCACUGAAGAUGGAGGAGAUGAAUUUACUCUUAUUCCAGGUAGUACUCAAAAGCCAUUCAAGGAGUUUCCUGAGGAAGACACAACAGACCAUGGCAAAUUCUCAGUUAGAUUUCAGCCAACUACAUCAACUGGUAUUGCAGAAAAGUCAACUUUGAGAGAUUCUACAACUGAAGAAAGAGUUUCACCUAUUACAAGCACAGAAGGCCGUGUUGUUUAUGCAACUGUAGAAGGAAGUGCUUUGGACGAAGGGGAAGACGUGGAUGUCUCUAAGCCCGUAUCAACUGUCCCCCAAUUUGUACAUACUUCAGAUGUGGAAGGAUCGGCAUUUGUUAAUUAUAGUAGCACCCAGGAACCUACUACUUACGUAGACACUUCCCAUACGGUUUCUCUUUCUCUAAUUCCCAAGACAGAAUGGGGAGUGUUGGUACCUUCUGUUCCAUCGGAAGGUGAAGUUCUAGGUGAACCCUCUGAAGACAUACAUGUCCUUGAUCAGACUCCCCUUGAAGCGACUAUUUCUCCUGAAACUAUAAGAACAACCACAGAAAUCACACAGGGAACAACUCAGGAAGAAUUCCCUUGGAGAGAGCAGACUUCAGAGAAACCCAUUCCUGCUCUCAGUUCUACAGUUGGCACGGCCAAGGAGGCAACAACAUCUUUGGAUGAACAAGAGAGUGAUGGGUCAGCGUAUACAGUCUCUGAAGACAGAUUGGUGACAAGUUCUGAGAGAGUCCCAGUUUUAGAAACAACUCCAGUUGGAAAAAUUGAAUACAGUAUGUCUUACCCACCUGGUGCUGUCACUGAACACAAAGCAAAAACAGAUGAAGUGGUAACACCAAGCAUGGGGCCAAAGGUGUCUUUAAGGCCAGGGCUUGACCAGAAAUAUGAAACAGAAGGUACUAGUCCAGGGGAAAUUGUAUCGCCUUUCAGCACUGCUGUCACCCAGUUUAUAGAGGAAACCACUACUGAGAAAAGAGAGGAAACAUCCCUAGAUUAUAUUGAUUUAGGCUCAGGAUUAUUUGAAAAGCCCAAAGCGACAGAACUCCCAGAAUUUUCAACAAUUAAUGCCACAGUUCCAAGUGAUAUCAUUGCUGCCUUCAGUUCAGUAGACAGACUUCACACAACUUCAGCAUCCACUGAGAAACCGCCUCUCAUUGACAGGGAACCUGGUGAAGAAACAACCAGUGACAUGGUCAUCAUUGGAGAAUCAACAUCUCGUGUUCCUCCCACUACCCUUGAGGAUGUUGUAGUGAAGGAAAUGGAAACCGAUAUUGAUAGAGAGUAUUUCACAACUUCAAGUACUCCUUCUGCUACACAGCCAACAAGACCACCCACUGUGGAAGGCCAAGAGGCCUUCAGACCUCAGGCACUUUCCACUCCAGAACCCUCGGCAGGGACAAAAUUCCGCCCUGACAUAAAUGUUUAUAUUAUUGAGGUCAGAGAAAACAAGACAGGUCGAAUGAGUGAUUUGAGUGUAAUUGGUCAUCCAAUAGAUUCAGAGUCUAAAGAAGAUGAACCUUGUAGUGAAGAAACAGAUCCAGAGCACGAUCUAAUUGCUGAAAUUUUACCCGAGUUAAUUGAAAUAGACAUAUACCACAGUGAAGAAGAUGAAGCGGAAGAUGAAGAGUGUGCAAAUGCUACUGAUGUAACAACCACCCCUUCAGUGCAGUACAUAAACGGGAAACAUCUAGUCACCACUGUGCCCAAGGACCCGGAAGCGGCAGAAGCGAGGCGUGGCCAGUUUGAAAGUGUGGCACCGUCUCAGAAUUUUUCAGACAGCAGUGAAAGUGGUACUCAUCAGUUUGUAAUAGCCAUAACGGGAUUGUCUACUGCCAUGCAACCUAAUGAAUCUAAAGAAACAACCGAAUCGCUUGAAAUUACCUGGAAGCCUGAGACUUACCCUGAAACACCAGAACAUUCUUCAAGUGGUGAGCCUGAUGUUUUCCCCACAGUCUCAUUCCAUGAGGGAGAAGCCACAGAGGGGCCAGAAUCCAUCACAGAGAGAGGUCCUGAACUUGACACUCUGGUGCCUGGACACACUGAACCUGUACCUCUGUUCUCUGAAGAGUCUUCAGGAGAUGCCACCAUUGACCAAGAAUCUCAAAAAAUGAUCUUUUCAGGGGCUACAGAAGUAACAUUUGAUGAAGAGGCAGAAAAAAGGACUUCUGUCACAUAUACUCCUAGUGCAGUUCCAAGUUCUGUGUCAGCAAGUGUCUCAGAGGAAGUAUCAGUUACCUUAACAGAAAAAUCCUGGCCUGAUGACUCAUUGUCCACUGUGGAAAGCUGGGUGGAAAUAACCCCUAGACCAAUUGUGGAGCUCUCCGGGAGUCCUUCAAUUCCAAUUCCAGAAGGCUCUGGGGAAGCUGAAGAAGAUAAGAUGUUCACUGCGGUGACUAAUUUACCACAGAGAAGUACUACAGAUACACUUGUUACUUUAGAUGCUAGCAAGAUAAUGAUCACAGAAGGCCUUUUUGAUAUUUCUGCAACCACCGUUUAUUCGGUUUCUGAACAACCUUUUGCAGAAGUAGUGCCUACCAAAUUUGUAAGGGAAACAGACACUUCUGAGUGGGUUUUCAGCACAUCUCUUGAGGGAAAGAAGAGGAAAGAUGAGGAGGUGGGAGCCACAGGUACAGCUUCUACAGUUCAGGUACAUUCGCCUACACAGAGAUCAGAUCAGUUAAUUCUACCCCCUGAAUUAGAAGGCUCAAAUGACACCGUAUCUAGGGAUUCAGCAUCUGCUACCAGAAAUGGUUUUAUGUCCCUGAUAACACCCAUGCAGUCUGAGAGAGAAAUGACAAGUUCCACUCUUGUCUUUACAGAAACAAGUGUUUUAGAUGAUCUAGAGGCACCGACUGCUGAGCCCAGCAGUAGUGGUCAACCUGUGGUUCAGGAAGGCCUGUCCCCUGCCCCGGGCAGCCCCGUCUCUCUCUUUAUGGAGCAGGGCUCUGGAGAAGCUGCUGCUGACCCAGAAGCCACCACUGUUUCCUCAUUUUCAUUCAAUUUAGAGCCUGAAAUACAAACCAAAAAGGAAGCAGCUGGCACUUUGGCUCCUCAUGUGGAAACCAUACUCCCUUUUGAGCCUACAGGACUAGUUUUAAGUACCGUAAUGGACAGAGAGGUUACUGAAAUUAUAAACCAAACAUCCAAGGAAAACCUGAUUUCAGAGGUUUCAGGAGAGCCGAAUCAUGGGGCAGAAAGAAAGGGCUUUUCUACAGAUUUUCCUUUGGAGGAAGAUUUCAGUGGUGACCUUAGAGAAUACUCGACGGUAUCUUAUCCCAUAACAAAAGAAGAAACAGUAGUGAUGGAAGGCUCUGGGGACGCAGCAUUUAAGGAUACCCAGAUUUUACCGUCCGCAAUACCUACUUCAGAUCACAUCACCCACAUCGCUGACCUGGAAGGACCUGGUAGCACCUCGGUCAGCACUUCAGCCUUCCCUUGGGAAGAAUUCACAGCUUCAGCUGAAGGCUCAGGUGAGCAAUUGGUCCCAGUCAGCAGCUCUGUUGACCAAGUGUUUCCCAGUGCCAUGGGAAAUGUUUCUGGCACAGAGUUCCCAUUUAUUGACCAAGGAUUAGGAGAAGUAGGUGCUAUCACUGAAGCCAAUAAAAGAUCCACCAUUUUACCAACAGCAGAAGCUGAAGGUACUGAGGCUCCGACAGAAAAGGGAGAAGUGACGGUCGAUGGCACAGUUUCAGUGGACUUUCCCCAGACUAUGGAGCCAGCCAAGUUAUGGUCCAGGCAAGAAGUCAACCCUGUAAGGCAAGGAAAUGAAAGUGAAGUAGCAUCAGAGGAAAAUAUUCAAGAACAAAAAUCUUCUGAAUCCCCCCAAAGUUCUAUAUCACCAGAGCAAACAAUUUUUGAUUCACAAACAUUUACUGAAAGUGGACUCCAAACCACAGAUUAUUCCACACUAAUGACAAAGAAAACUUACCGUACUGAUGAAGAAAUGGAGGAGGAAGGCAUUUCCUUGGUUGACGUGACUACUCCAGAUCCAGAUUCGAAGGGCUUGGAACCCUACACUACUCUCCCUGAAGUUACUGAAAAAUCCCAUUUUUUCUUAGUUACUACCUCAGAGACUGAGUCUAUACCAGCUGAAAGUGUGGUUACAGAUUCAUCAAUCAAAGAGGAAGAAAGUAUAAAAUCCUUUCCCGAAGUUAUGAGACCAAUAAGUAAAGAGUCAGAUACUGAUCUUUUAUUCUCUGGACUGGGGUCGGGAGAAGAAGUUCUGCCUACUGCAGUAUCAGUGAAUUUUACUGACGUGGAACAAAUCAUUAGCACAUUAUAUCCCCAGACUUCUCAAGUGGAAAGUGUAGAAACCAGCAGCUUAAAUGAUACAACUGAAGACUAUAAGGGAAUAGAAAAUGUGGCAGAUGAAGUUAGACCACUCAUUUCCAAAACAGACAGCAUCUCUGAAGAUAAGGAGACAUCACCCAGCACAACCUUAUCAGAAAUUUCAGGUGACACCAGAACAGAAGGACCCUCUACGGCACUUCUGCCUUUCUCCACAGACACUGAACAUGCUCAAAAUCAGACUCGCAGUUGGGCAGAAGAAAUCCAGACUAGCAGACCACAACCUACGUCUGAACAAGUCUCUAGUGAGAGUUCUUCAACAGCCGAGACUAAAGAAACAGCAACGUCUUCCACUGAUUUUCUGGCUAGAACUUACGGUCUUGAAAUGGCCAAAGAAUUUGUUACAUCAGCACCAAAACCAUCUGAUUCAUUUUAUGAACAUUCUGGAGAAGGAUCUGGAGAAUUGGAUAUUGUUGAUUUAGUACGCACUUCUGGAACAACUCAGGCAACCAGGCAAGGAGGCACCACAUUUGUUUCUGAUAAAUCCCUGGAAAGACAUCCUGAGGUUUCAAGGGCUGAAGCUGUUACUGUUGAUGGCUUCCCAACAGUUUCAGUGGUGGUGCCUCUUCAUUUGGAGCAGAAUGCAAGCUCCCCAGAUCCAACCAGCACACCACCGUCAAAUACAGUGUCAUCUGAGACAUCCUCAGAAGGUGCUGCAGACAGUUUCCAAGACCAUGUCAGGGGAUUCGAGGAUUCCACCUUGAAACCUGACCGAAGAAAAGCUACUGAAAAUAUUAUUAUAGAUCUGGACAAAGAAGACAAGGAUUUAAUAUUGACAAUUACAGAGAGUACCAUUCUUGAAAUUCUACCUGAGCUGACAUCAGAUAAAAAUACUAUCAUAGAUAUUGAUCACACUAAACCUGUAUAUGAAGACAUCCUUGGAAUGCCAACGAACUUGGAUCCAGAGGUACCAUCGGGACCACAUGACAGUAAUGAAGAAAGUGUUCAAGAGAAGUACGAGGCAGGUUUUAACCUUUCUUCAACCGAGGAAAACUUCGAGGGCUCUGGUGAUCUUCUUCCGGCUAACUACACUCAGGCAACACAUAACCAAUCAAUGCCUUCUGAAGACAGAAGCCAAGUAGAUCACAGGGGCUUUAUCUUCACAACUGGGAUCCCCGUCUCUAGCACAGAAACAGAAUUAGAUAUUUUGCUUCCCACAGCAACAUCCCUGCCUAUUCCUAGUAAGUCUGCCACAGUUAAUCCAGAGACUGAAGUACCGAGCACUGAAUCAAAAGCCCUGGAUGACAUCUUUGAAUCGAGCACUUUGUCUGAUGGUCAAGCUAUUGCAGACCAAAGUGAAAUCAUAUCAACAAUGGGCCAUUUGGAAAGGACACAGGAUGAGUAUGAAGAAAAGAAAUACGUAGGUCCUUCUUUUCAGCCAGAAUUCUCUUCAGGAGCCGAGGAGGCACUGAUAGAUGCUACACCGUACGUAAGUAUUAGUACUAUCCACCUUACGGCUCAGAGCUUAACAGAGGCACCUAAUGUGCUGGAGGGAUCCAGCCCCCCAGCUUACACUGAUACAACAUCAGCAGUUUCAGCUUCUGCAAAGUUGUUCUCUCCGACAUCAUCCUCUCCACUCACUGUCCGCUUAGGCAGUGGAGCCUCUGAACACACAGAGGGCCCCCAGCCAAGUGCUCUGCUAAGUACAAGCACCAGCACAUCUCAAAUGUCCCCAGGGAAACUUGCAAAUAUUGAUGUGACUUCCAAACCAUCAAGUGAAGAGUACUUUUACAUAACUGAGCCUCCAGCCUUACCUCCUGACACACAAUUAGAACCUUCAGAAGAUGAAACUAAACCGAAGUCAUCAGAACAAAUAGAAGCUGCUCCCACACAACUGGUUGCUGAAGAGGGAACUGAGAUUCCCCGAGAUUCCCAAAACAAAACCGAUGUUCAACUUCCUGGAGAAACAAUCAAGAUAUUUGCCAGUAUUAGAACACCUGAGGCCGGAACUGUGGUCACAGCUGCGGAUGAAGUUAAGUUAGAACGUGCUACAUCGUGGCCACAUUCUACUUCUGCUUCUGCGAUUUAUGGGAUCGAGGCCCAUGUGGUGCCUCAGCCCAGCCCACAGACUCCUGAGAGGCCCACCGUUCCUUCUUCUCUGGAAGUAAAGCCUGAAACACAAGCAGCUUUGAUCAGAGGGGAGGAUUUCACGGUAGCAGCCCCAGAACAGCAAGCAUCGGCAAGAAUUCUUGAUUCCAAUAAUCAGGCAACUGUAAGCACUGCAGAGUUAAAUACUGAGCUUGCAACACCAUCAUUUUCCCUUCUGGAAACUUCUAAUGAAACCGAUUUCCUGAUUGGCAUUAAUGAAGAGUCAGUGGAGGGCACAGCAGUCUAUUUACCAGGACCAGAUCGUUGCAAAACGAACCCGUGCCUUAACGGAGGCACCUGUUAUCCUACUGAAACUUCCUACGUGUGCACCUGUGUGCCAGGAUACAGCGGCGACCAGUGUGAGCUUGAUUUUGAUGAAUGUCACUCUAACCCCUGUCGCAAUGGAGCCACGUGCAUUGACGGUUUCAAUACGUUCAGGUGCCUCUGCCUUCCAAGCUACGUUGGUGCACUUUGUGAGCAAGACACCGAGACAUGUGACUACGGCUGGCACAAAUUCCAAGGGCAGUGCUACAAGUACUUUGCCCACCGCCGCACGUGGGAUGCAGCUGAGCGGGAAUGCCGGCUGCAGGGCGCCCAUCUCACAAGCAUCCUGUCUCAUGAAGAACAAAUGUUUGUGAAUCGUGUGGGCCAUGACUAUCAGUGGAUAGGCCUCAAUGACAAGAUGUUUGAGCAUGACUUCCGUUGGACUGAUGGCAGCACCCUGCAAUAUGAGAACUGGAGGCCCAACCAGCCAGACAGCUUUUUUUCUGCUGGAGAAGAUUGUGUCGUAAUCAUUUGGCAUGAGAACGGCCAGUGGAAUGAUGUUCCCUGCAAUUACCAUCUCACCUAUACUUGCAAGAAAGGAACAGUUGCUUGCGGCCAGCCCCCAGUUGUAGAAAAUGCCAAGACCUUUGGAAAGAUGAAACCUCGUUAUGAAAUCAACUCCCUGAUUAGAUAUCACUGCAAAGAUGGUUUCAUUCAACGCCACCCUCCAACUAUCCGUUGCCUAGGAAAUGGAAAAUGGGCUAUGCCUAAAAUUACCUGCAUGAACCCAUCUGCAUACCAAAGGACUUAUUCUAAGAAAUACUUUAAAAAUUCCUCAUCAGCAAAGGACAAUUCAAUAAAUACAUCAAAACAUGAGCACCGUUGGAGCCGGAGGUGGCAGGAGUCGAGGCGCUGAUCCCUAAAAUGGCAAACAUGUGUUUUUCAUCAUUUCAGCCAAAGUCCUAACUUCCUGUGCCUUUCCUAUCACCUCGAGAAGUAUUAUCAGUUGGUUUGGAUUUUUGGACCACCAGCCAGUCAUUUGGGAUUGCUGUGCUCCCAAAACAUUUUAAAUGAAAGUAUUGGCAUUCAAAAAGAAAGCAACCAAAAUGAACAAAAAUGAGGGCAGAGAGUAACCAUUUCCAGCCUAUCUAAUUUCUUUAGUUUUCUAUUUGCCUCCAGUGCAGACCAUUUUAUAAUGUAUACCAGCCUACUGUACUAUUUAAAAAGCUCAAUUUCAGCACCAAUGGCAAUGUAAAUAAGAUGAUUUAAUGUUGAUUUUAAUCCUGUAUAUAAAAUAAAAAGUCAUACUGAGUUCGGGCAUAUUUAAUGAUGAUUAUGGAGCCUUAGAGGUCUUUAAUCAUUGGUUCGGCUGCUUUUUGUACUUUGUUUAGGCUGGAAACGGUUUCACUUGCCCUUUGUCAGCAAGACUGAGGACGGCUUUUCCUGGACAACUAACAAACAAAAGUCUUGUAGGUCACUGCGCCAUCUCAGCCAUAGUAGUUGCAGUUUGCUUCCAUGUGAUUCUGAAGCCUGGCCAAUGGGAUCCGGACAAAAGUAGGGACUGCAAUGUGAAACACCUCUUUGCUGCAUUCUUUUUCUUCGCUUACAAGAAAGGCCUGAAUGGAGGACUUUUUUAUGACCAGGAGCAGUUUUUGGGGGUCAAAGUGCUAAUUAUUAACUCAACCAGGUCUACUUUUUAAUGGCUUUCAUAACACUAACUGGCAAGAUUACAGAUCAACACAUUUCAAAUGGAUAGAGACCUAGGACUCUGGAGGGUGGGGGAUUGUUAAAAACAACCACACACAUUCAAAGAAAGAAAUUUUGUAUAUAUAACCAUUUUAAUCUUUUAUAAAGUUUUGAAUGUUCAUGUAUGAAUGCUGCAGCUGUGAAGCAUACAUAAAUAAAUGAAGUAAGCCAUACUGAUUUAAUUUAUUGGAUGUUAUUUUCCCCCAAUCCUGAAAAUUGACAUGGUAGGCUAGUUACUUUUCAGUGUUAGCCUUUGCACUGCCCUCACACAGUUUGGAACCGUAUAAUCUAGGUACUUUUCCCUGAUUACAUAAUGUGAUGGAUAGAAUGCAUCUGUGUUUAUUAUGAAAGGAGUGGAAAAGUGUAUAGCUUUCAGCACAUGGUGUUUGCCCAGUCUAAGCAAGGAGCAUACAUAUAGAAACAGUGUGGGCAUUCUUCUUAUUAGGUGGAGUGUAUGUGUUGAAAUUUCUCCCUAUCUCUUCUUACUCUUUUUCCUCCCCUUUGUUUGAAUAAAGUGACUGCUGAAGAUGA